UUCAUUACAGGGUCUCGUACAAGGGCAUUCUCAGUUGCUGCACAUCAGCAUGGAAGAAGCUCCUCCAGGGAAGAAAAUGCAACCUGGUCAUGAUGAAGAAGCUGUUGUGGAUAUGGGCAAAAUUAGCUCUACUAUCAAUACAAACUUUGAGAAAGAAGAACUGGAGAGCCACAGAGCUGUAUAUAUUGGAGUUCACGUCCCGUUUGGAAAACAAGGCCGUCGACGGCAUAGACAUCGUGGGCACAGGCAUCACAGAAGAAAAAAAGAAAAAGAAACUGACCGAGAAGAUGGCCGAGAAUCUCCAUCAUAUGACACGCCAUCCCAACGAGUGCAGUUUAUCUUGGGUACUGAAGAUGAUGAUGAACACAUUCCUCAUGAUCUCUUCACUGAAAUGGAUGAACUUUGCUUCAGGGAUGGAGAAGAAUAUGAAUGGAAAGAAACAGCUAGGUGGCUAAAAUUUGAAGAGGAUGUUGAAGAUGGUGGGGAUCGAUGGAGCAAGCCUUAUGUAGCAACUCUGUCUCUGCACAGUCUCUUUGAACUGCGAAGCUGUAUUCUUAAUGGGACGGUCAUGUUGGACAUGAGAGCAAACACACUCGAUGAGAUAGCAGAUAUGGUUUUGGACAACAUGAUUGCCUCUGGCCAGCUGGAUGAAGCCAUAAGAGAGAAUGUGAGAGAGGCUCUUCUAAAAAGGCACCAUCAUCAGAACGAGAAGAAAUUCAGCAAUCGGAUCCCCUUGGUUCGAUCUUUUGCGGAUAUAGGCAAGAAACAUUCUGACCCUCACUUGCUUGAACGAAAUGGGGAAGGCCUCUCAGCCUCCCGCCACUCUUUGCGAACAGGUCUCUCUGCCUCAAAUACUUCCCUGAGAGGAGAAAACCGUUUGUCAGUUCUUCUCAAUUACCUUCUUCCUUCUUCAAGAGCUGGAACUCCGGCAUCCUCAAGGAGUACAACCCCUGUAACUACCCCUCAAAACACACCACCGUCUAGUCCUACCUGCAGCCACCCGCCAACCACAAGUGCCCAGCCAAGUCCACUUCAGGGCAAGGAAUUGCUGGUGUCACCUGCCAGUGGUGAUAUUCCUUCAGUAGUAAUCCACCCACCUGAGGAGGACUUAGAAGUGCAGGAAAGCCAGGAAAAGAAGACAGAGGAAAAUACUGGCAAAACACCAGGGCUACUGGCAUCUCCACAGUCAGCACCUGGAAAUUUAGAUACUGGGAAGAGUGGAGAUGCAAAAGGUACUGGGACGGGAGGAAGCAGAGAAAACAGUACGGUUGAUUUUAGUAAGGAGUCAGCCUCCUGGCACUGUAGUUGUGGCACACUUGGUGUGGGAAUCAAGAGGCCAUCUGUUGAUAUGAACUUCAUGAGGAAAAUUCCUUCAGGAGCAGAAGCAUCGAAUGUAUUAGUGGGAGAAGUAGAUUUUUUAGAAAGACCUAUUAUUGCUUUUGUGAGGCUCUCCCCUGCUGUGCUUCUCUCAGGUCUCACAGAGGUUCCGGUUCCUACACGGUUUUUGUUUUUGUUGCUGGGACCAGCAGGAAAAGCUCCACAAUACCAUGAAAUUGGAAGAUCAAUAGCAACACUUAUGACAGAUGAUGUUUUCCAUGAUGUUGCCUAUAAAGCAAAAGACAGAAAUGAUUUGUUGUCAGGAAUUGAUGAGUUUUUAGACCAAGUGACAGUCCUGCCUCCAGGUGAAUGGGAUCCAUCUAUACGAAUUGAGCCACCAAAAAGUGUUCCUUCCCAGGAGAAAAGGAAGGUACCUAAAUUUCCAAAUGGAUCUACUCCUACAGGAGAGCCUCUCAAAGAAGAAGGCCAUCAUGCUGGACCUGAACUUGAGAGAAGUGGAAGGCUUUUUGGUGGUUUGAUACUUGACAUCCAAAGGAAAGCACCUUUUUUCUUGAGUGACUUCAAGGAUGCAUUAAGCCUGCAGUGCCUGGCCUCGAUUCUUUUCCUAUACUGUGCCUGUAUGUCUCCUGUAAUCACUUUUGGAGGGCUCCUGGGAGAAGCUACACAAGGCAGAAUAAGUGCAAUAGAGUCUCUCUUUGGAGCCUCAUUAACUGGGAUUGCCUAUUCUCUCUUUGCUGGGCAACCUCUUACUAUUCUGGGGAGCACCGGACCAGUUCUAGUAUUUGAAAAAAUAUUAUUUAAAUUUUGCAGGGAUUAUGAUCUUUGCUACCUCUCCCUGAGAACUAGCAUUGGUCUGUGGACUGCAUUUUUAUGUAUAGUGCUUGUAGCCACAGACGCCAGCAGCCUUGUGUGUUACAUCACUCGAUUCACUGAGGAAGCUUUUGCAGCGCUUAUAUGCAUCAUAUUUAUUUAUGAGGCAUUGGAAAAGCUUUUUCAUUUGGGAGAAGUGUACGCCUUCAAUAUGCACAAUGAUUUGGAUAAACUGACUUUAUAUUCAUGUGUGUGUUCUGAGCCUGAGAACCCCAGCAAUGAAACUUUGGAGGUGUGGAGGGGUUUGAAUAAAUCUGUAGAAAACAUAGCAUGGAGUAACCUUACAGUUUCUGAUUGUUUAAAAUUUCAUGGUGUGUUUCGUGGAUCAGCUUGUGGCCAUCAUGGACCAUAUAUUCCAGAUGUUCUCUUCUGGUCUGUCAUAUUAUUCUUUACGACGUUCUUCCUCUCCUCUUUCCUUAAGCAAUUCAAGACCAAACGCUAUUUCCCAACUAAGGUGCGUUCUACCAUCAGUGACUUUGCAGUAUUUCUGACCAUAGUAAUCAUGGUUUUGAUUGACUAUCUUGUAGGGGUACCUUCUCCUAAGCUUCAAGUUCCAGAGAAAUUUGAACCCACCCAAAAAGACCGAGGGUGGUUCAUAGAUCCUCUUGGAAGCAAUCCUUGGUGGACAGUCUUGAUAGCUGCUAUUCCUGCUUUACUCUGUACCAUUCUCAUUUUCAUGGAUCAACAAAUAACAGCUGUAAUUAUAAACAGGAAAGAACAUAAGCUGAAGAAAGGCUGUGGUUAUCAUCUUGAUCUGCUCAUGGUUGGUGUUAUGUUGGGGAUAUGUUCUAUCAUGGGCUUACCGUGGUUUGUCGCUGCAACUGUUCUGUCUAUAAGUCAUGUUAACAGCCUGAAAGUUGAAUCUGAAUGCUCAGCACCAGGAGAGCAACCCAAGUUUUUGGGAAUCCGUGAGCAGCGAGUGACUGGAUUGAUGAUUUUUGUCCUGAUGGGGCUGUCAGUGUUCAUGACAUCCGUGUUAAAGUUUAUUCCAAUGCCAGUUUUGUAUGGUGUCUUUCUUUACAUGGGAGUAUCUUCAUUAAAAGGCAUUCAGUUUUUUGACCGUAUAAAACUGUUUGGAAUGCCUGCCAAGCAUCAACCUGACCUGAUUUAUCUGCGCUAUGUGCCACUCUGGAAGGUCCAUAUCUUUACAGUUGUUCAGCUCACUUGUCUAGUUCUGUUGUGGGUUAUUAAAGCCUCUGCAGCCGCUGUUGUUUUCCCUAUGAUGGUUCUAGCAUUAGUGUUCAUUCGCAAGCUCAUGGAUUUAUGUUUCACCAAAAGAGAGCUUAGCUGGCUUGAUGAUCUUAUGCCAGAAAGUAAAAAGAAGAAAGAAGAUGACAAAAAGAAAAAAGAGAAAGCAGAAGUAGAAAGAAUGCUUCAAACAGGGGACAGUGAAAGUGUACACCUUGCAUAUGGAGGAGCAAAUUUGGAUUUUCCUGUAAAAAGUAUAAAAUACAGCGUUGAUCCCUCAAUUGUAAACAUAUCAGACGAAAUGGCCAAAACUGCACAGUGGAAGGCUCUUGCCAUGAGUACUGAGAAUGCCAAAGUAACCAGAGCUAACCUGAGCCCUGAAAAACCAGAAAGUGUGAAAAUAAAUGUGGAAGAAUCACCCGUUGUGAAAUACGUGGAUGCUGAAACAUCUUUAUAGAACUGACCCAGUGGGAAUUGUGUGUAUUCAUGUGUGUAUAUACAUCACUGUAGGAUAUUACACCAUUGAAGUGUGAUUUCCAGUUUAAGAAGAGGCAUGUAUUUAAUUCUGCCAUUGUUUAGGGCACUGUAGAUAUGCUUGCAUAAUGAGAAGAUUUCCCUACGAGUAAGAUGAGUGGUAAUCACACUUCAGCUAUUUAUUUUAUUGGAAAUUUUAUUUUCAUUUUUAAAUAGGAAGAUUGUAAUCGAUCCGUACUAUUUUCAAUAAUCAAUAUGUGUAUAAAAGUUGAAUCAGCUUUUGCUGAUGAUUACUGGUCCACAUUGCUUACAGUUUUGCAAUACCUCUGUUUAUAAUGUGCGCUACAGAAGUUUUUUUCCGUGCAGGCAAUUACUGCUUGUUUUUGCAGGGUAUACUUUUUUUUGUGAUUUUAUAGAACAAAUAUUAAUGUGCUGUUGACAAGAACUACUGUGUUUUAUAUCUCCACUACAUGCUAGUGUUUUCUGGAUUCUGUCUCUUAUUUUACAGAAGUGGCCUAGAAGUCAGGUGGUUAUUUUCUCCUUAAAAUAUAUACAAAUGCCCUAUUCUGCUAUUUCUUUUUCUUUUUUCUUUUUUUUCUUUUUCAUUUUCUUUUAAAAUUCACCCUUGAGUUUUCAUUAUUGCCCAGUGGCAGCAGUAUAAGAGCAGUAAUUGUAGUUGCAGUCCCCGGUCAGUAUCUGCCAUUCUGGACACUCCAUGUUUACACAGUAUAAAUUGGAUUUACAAUUUUGCAAUUUGGUCUAUAGGAAGUUUUACAUACUUAACACACUAGUACUUCUGAAUUCUUUUGUUCCUGUUUUUACUUGCUUGUUGACUCUCAGCAUCUGAUUUACUCAGCAACUGAUUUACUCUAAGACUGAAACUUCAGAGUAUUUCAUGUCCUCAUCAAAUAUCUGUCUCAAUUAAUUUUAAAAUUUACUGUGUAUUUGAUUAAAUUAGCUGUAGUUUAAUUCUGUAAUAGGUUUAUGAUCAGUAUUAUUUUAUGGAUUACAAAUUGCUUGUGGUAUUUGUGUGUACAGUUCUGGUCCUCUCCAUUGUAGGGACAUAUGGUAGCACACCAACUUAUUUUUAAACAUUUUAUUUAUUUUAAUUAGUAUAAAUUUUUAUCACAUGAGAUGAAUAAAAGUAAAUAUUCAUUUAUUAAAGGAAAUGGGAAUUUUUGAGGUUCACUGAUAAAGAUGCAGUCAGUGUGUUUAUUGUACUUAUAUUUUCAAGUUCUAGUGUUUAGCAUUAUAAUAUUUGAAAUGAGAAUUUUAUGUAUAAAUGAAAAUCUUGAUCAAUUACCUGUGCAGUUUCCAUUAUUAAUAUUUUUUUGCCUUACAACUUAGCUUUUUUGCUUUCAUUUCUCAAAUUAUAUCUUUGUAUUCUGAAUUGUCACCAGCCCUUUCUGCAUGUACUGCAGUGGCUGUAAUUAGAAUCUGUGCUCAUUCAAAAUUAGAAAAUGCCAUUUGCUCAGUCCUGCUUUUGCCAAAGUUGGGAGUUCUACCAUGGGUCAUGAGGUAAAAUUCUCAAAUGCAAAAGGAGCCCAUUCUGGAGGAGGGCAGAGUUCAUUUGAAAAUAACACCUGAGGUGCAGUUUUGGUGCUCUUCAGCCAAGUGUUGCUUGGAGAAGAGAUGAUUUGUAUAUUACAAAAACAAAGCAAUCAGUGGGAAUUAAUAGAAACAUUUAAAAAUACCAUUUAAGCUACAUGGACUGUUAAUAAUUUCCUUCAAGUGAAAUGUAGUUAAAGUUUUUCUUUUAUCUUUUUUAUUUUUUUCACCUUUUUUCAUUUGGCUGAAUUCCUAGAAGACAGUUUAAAGAAAGUAAAUCAUAGUGUACAGCAGUACAAAUAAUGCUAUCCCAACUGCCCUCACAAAGGUUCAGGUCAGUGCCAAAGCAAGUGAGGUCACCAGCACGACUUAGUGCUAUGUUAAUGACCUGUAUAUAUGUUCCUUUAUUCUCAGAUAAUAGUGUAGCUUGUGCCUUAGCUUGAUUGUGUUCUUUCAGUAAAUACCCAUGUUUCCCCUUCUAGUCAAACUGAGUUACAGUGAAACUGUAGCAGAUGGUUUCCCAAAACUUUCUGCAUUAUUAAAAAAAAAUGAACCAACAAAACACAUCUGAACCUCAGUUGUUGACUACUGAGUAGCUCUUGCUGAAUCAAGGAGGGAAGAUAUUUUGGGCAGUUUACGUAGCAUUAUCCACAUUACAUUACUUUUGUAGUAGCCCUCCCAGUAGUAUUUUACAUUUCAUGUUCACAGUCCUGCAAUGAUCUCCAAAGACCCAAAAAGCUGUUACAAAACUCUUAGAUUUGUAACUCUUUAAUGCCAGAAGUCAGAGUUCCCUGGUGCUGCAUACCUUGUAUCUGGCUUCUAGUUCAGAAGUGUUAAGUUUUGGUCAAUAUUACAGGAAGUGGCUGUUUUUCAAGUCAAGUUGAAAGGAAACAAAACCAAAGCCCCAGAAGUCUAAUCACAGUAUUUAUUUAAUUGUAAUUGUGUAGAUGUUUUCAUCAGUGUCGGAAAUACCAUGACUUGCAAAGCAGUUGACAGGGACCUUUAGUUCCAGUGUUCUUGCUUGCACUUUUUUCCCAUAUGAAUGGAAGAUGAUCUGGUAUGAAGUGCUUAAAACCCCAUGGAUAAUCUGUGGUUAAGUGGUCCUCUGCUCCAUUUGCACCUUCUCUGCUUUGAAAUCAUACAUAGUAUUAAGUAAAAUGGCUAAGGAUCUAGUUUACUCUGUGUAGAUAAAUGUUUUGCCUUAAUGGAUGCAAAAGAGCAGUGAUAAUUGCUGUGCACUUAAAUAUUUCGUAGGGGUUAAGCCCUGUAAAAACUACACCAAUGUAUUUCCAUUCCAACAGUUUUAGGAAAAUCAGUGUCCCUGCACUUUUUGUAGAUGCCUUGGUUGCCUGGAUUGGAGCUGAAUUCUACUGUGUAUCUGGCUUCAGAGCCACCUCAGGAAGUCCCUCAAGUCUCUCCCCCCCCCCCCUUCUUUUUUCCUUUCCUUUUUUCUGUUUCUUUCUUUUCUUUUCCUAAUUUAUUUAUAAAUAUGAAUGUUUACAUAAAGCGUAGGUCUUAAAUUUUGACCACUCCAUUUAAAUUAUCAUCUAAAAUAUUUCACUUAAAACACAGUCUCAUGUUUAAAUUAUAUUCUGCAGAACUCCUUAUUAGUAUUUUCAUAUGUAUUGCAAUGACAUGCUUUUCAUUCUGUUUACGAAUGCCCAAAUUAAUUACAGUUUCUUCCUAGAUUCAUUUUGCAGCUGUAACAUUCAGUGAAAUGUUCCCAAUUGCCAAGUUUGUCAUCAUAAAACCUGUUAGGGUCAAAGUUGGUGCCCUAGCAGGGGUUUUCCAACCAAAGGUCUUGGCUGUUUUUUCCACGUUUUAAUGAAAGUUCUCCCAUAACUUAACCGUUUUGCUUUACCUGCUUCUGUCUGGAUGUGGUGGCUUCCUGCUCCGGGCCCUUGGCAGGGGCGGGUUCGCGGGGCGGUGACGUGUGCCUGUCACAAACAGGUGUGAUGCCACGGAGCUUGCACCGUUUUAAAGGGUUGUCCUGUACAUACGGUCUGUACAUCCUAAGGUAAAUGGUUCAUGGUUUUCAGUUCACAAACAUAGUCUGUUUAGAUGAGCACUCCAUGAUUUUAGUUUUCUUUUUGCUUUCUACGAUUAGUAAUGUUUUAAUUACUCAUCUAGGUCGAAUUAAGUAUCAAGUGCAGUACAAAUACGGUGUGGAAUACUUUGUUUAUACCAACAGUAAUUUAUUUUAUGGCAAAUGUUAAGACUAGAGGCACACAGCUUUGAGGCGGUGUAAACGUAGUGCUAUAAAUAAAGCAAAUUGCUUAGUAAUUUUAAGUCAGUUUCCUUUCGUAAUGUUUUUUUCUGUGAAAACUUACGGGACUUCAUAGUUGGUAUUGAAGUUAAAAGACACUUUCAUACUGAAUCUAGAGCCUGUUGACUUUUUUUUAAUAUUUCAUAAGUUUGAAAAUCAGUGCUUUUCUAAAUGAUUUUACUGGCAAGACACGUAAUUCAUAGUCUUUUUCUCCUGCCGCUGAUGCUCCUGUGCAGAGGUGUCUUCCUGGGUUCCGCCCCCGCAGCCGCCCUGCCGCUCCGGUUUUCACACUGAUGAUCUGAAAUGCGAUUUCAUACUGUACGGUUCGAAUUUUUUUAUGACUGCUUUUCUAAUUACAGUGACCUUUUCUUACUGUCUUAACAAAAUUCAAAGCGAAUUGGAAGCGUUUUUCCAGACGCAGGAAGGCACAACUCUCGGGUUUUGUCUGUAACCGGAAAGCUCCAGGCCUCCGCUGUUCUGGUCACUGCUGGAGCAGAACGUAUCUCUUGUAACGUUUCGGAAAGUUGGUAAAAGCAAUAAAAACAACCCUCCUGAACUCUUG